AAAGGUCUAUCACGCCUCUUUUGUUUUUUCCCAUCAAUCACCCACUUUUUUUAGCUUUUUCUUAUUGUAAAUACUAAAUACUAAAUAGUCAUCUUCUUCAGCUCCAACCCAUCGUUUCAGAAUCUUUUUUUUGUCAAGUAAUAAGCAGCCAACCAUGCCAGCUUCCUCUUCACCCCCAAUAGACUACCUCCAAAACCUCCUAGACUCAGCCCGCCCUUUCCUCCGUGGCGAGCUCGAAUCCAUCGACCAGAAUUUACCUUCGCUAGUCGCCGUCUUGCGCUCUGUUGGAGCCGGUGAGUGCUGGCACAAGCAUGGCAGCUUCCUUGAUCAUCUCGUUGACCUAUACAAGAUUCUCAAGAUUUGGAAAGCACCAAACUCCGUCUGCCUCUGUGGCCUCUUCCACUCUGCUUACUCCAAUUCCUAUGUCAACCUCGCCAUAUUUGAUCCUUCAACAGGUCGUGAUGUGGUUCGUGGCCAUGUUGGUGAUGAGGCCGAGAGGUUAAUCCACUUGUUCUGUAUUGUCCCAAGACAGCCUCUUAUUCAUGAUGAUCUUUUAUUCCGUUACUCUGAUUCUGAACUCGUCGAACACCUUAAGCUUUCGGAGAUAUCGUUGAGUAAUGCAAUGCACAAGGGUUUGUUCGAUGAAGAAGAGCCUUGGAGGAAGAAGCUUCAGACUCUUCUUCCCGCUGAUGGGAUUACUGUGAAGCACAUCAAGACCGGCCAAGAUGUUCCAGUUUCUAGAAGGGUGGUCGCGGUUUUCCUUUUGAUGACCAUGGGGGAUUUCAGUGACCAACUUUUUGGCUUUCAAGAUGCUCUCUUUGAAAACUCUAACGGUCGCUUUGAGUUCUCAGGGAACAAUUAUACAGCUUUGUGGCCUGGUGAUGGCAAGCCAGGUCUAUGGUUGAAUUCUAUAUCGAGGAUGGGGGCUAUAUAUAAUCUGAUAGUGAGAGAGGAAGAGAUUUUUAAGGAAGAGAGGAAAAGGGUCGGUGCUGGAGGGGUACAAACUGAUAGAGAUGAUGAUCUUGAGCUUGUGGUGCCACCUGUUUUUGAAAACUGUAAAAGGGUUUUAGAUGCAGGGGAGCAAAUAGCUGCAAGGGACUUGUAUUGGGAAGCUGUUUGUGAUAUGUCUAAGAGAGGGUUGGAGAGGGCUGAGGAGUUGCUUGUGAGGAGUAUUGAGAAGAAUCCUUUUGUGGGAGAGCCACAUGUGCUGUUGGGUCAGGUUUACUUGAACAAAGGGAUGUUUGAAGAGGCUGAGAGAGAGGCUGAAAGAGGGUUGACUCUUAUGUUGGAGUGGGGGAGUCCAUGGGAUAAGAGGAUGUCCUGGGAAGGAUGGAUUGCUUGGGUUAGAGUUUUGUUGACGAAAGCUAAGGAAAAGUCAUGGCCACAGACUACUUGGGGCAUCCUCAACUUGGGUCUUGUGAGGUAAAAAUAAAAAUGAUGUUUUUACUUCGUCAUUGUAAUCUCUUCUCAAACAUGGAUUUGCCACUCAAUAAAUAAAUAAAUAAAUAAACUGGAGCAUAGCCUUGCUCUUUUUUUUUUU